GCACUCACUCUUUUUCCAAGUGUUCGUUUGUUCCUUUGAAGCCUGCGUUAGUCUGGCUUCGCUGCUUCUCCAGUUUCUUAGUGUGAUUCGAAGCAAUAGUGUCAGCCAUUUCGUUUACAGGAUUGAAUUCUGUAAUCAGCAAUGAGUGUGAGUGGAGGAGGAUACAAGUCCGAUGACGAGUAUUCAGUAAUCGCGGACAAGGGUGAGAUUGGAUUCAUAGACUAUCAGAACGAUGGAUCUUCUGGUUGUUACAAUCCAUUAGAUGAAGGUCCAGUUGUUGUUUCUGUUCCUUUCCCUUUUAAGAACGAGAAGCCUCAAUCUAUUCUUGUUGGAGAGACUUCUUUUGAUUCCUUCACUGUCAAGAACACUACCGAUGAGCCUGUGGAUUUGUGGACCAAAAUCUAUGCAUCUAACCCUGAGGGUUCUUUUACACUCUCCAUCUUGAAACCGCCGUCCAAAGAUUCUGACUUAAAAGAGAGACAGUGCUUUUAUGAAACUUUUACUCUGGAAGACAGGAUGCUUGAACCUGGUGAUACUCUUACUAUUUGGGUCUCUUGUAAGCCCAAGGAUAUCGGUUUACACACCACUGUUGUUACUGUUGACUGGGGAGAUGAUAGAGUUGAGAGGGUUGUUUUCCUUUUGGCUGAGGAUAAUAUAUCGAGCUCUCUCACUUCAAGGAGGCCUUACUCCAGAAGUAGAAGGGCUCCGAAGAAAGACUUUGCUGUGGAUGAUUAUGUUAUGGGAUCACGUCCUGCCAAGGUGGUAGAUCGUAGGUUUAAAAAUAGGCUUCCUCGGUAUGAAAUCCCAAAGGAGAUUAGAGAGAUGAUUGAGAAGAAGGAAAUCCCGGAUGAUUUGAACGAAGGUCUGACAGCAAAAAACUAUGCAAACUACUACAAAACUUUACUUGUUAUGGAAGAGUUACAACUCGAGGAAGAUAUGCGAGCUUAUGAUAUGGAGAAUGUUUCGAUGAAGAGAAGGGGUCUCUAUUUGUCCCUAGAAGUUCCUGGCCUAGCUGAGAGAAGACCUUCCCUUGUCCAUGGAGACUACAUCUUUGUAAGACAUGCCUAUGAUGAUGGAACUGACCAAGCUUAUCAGGGCUUUGUACACCGCGUAGAGGCAGAUGAAGUGCAUUUGAAAUUUGCCCCUGAGUUCCACCAACGCUACACAGCCGGGAGUGUCUAUAAUGUGAGGUUCACAUACAAUCGGAUCAACACUAGAAGGUUGUAUCAGGCUGUUGAUGCUGCAGAUAUGUUGGAUCUAAAUUUCCUUUUCCCAUCCUUGCACUCUGGGCGAAGGAUUAUAAAGACGGGGCUCAAUCAAGAAGGAAGCAGCAAUGCUCCUCAAUACCCUCAAGAAACUGAGUGGAAUGAUAGUGGCGAGGUCAAGAAUGGUGGCACAAAGGAAAACGGUGAAUGGUCUGGGGGGAACAACAACGGUGGAACAAAAGAAAAAGAAGAAUGUUAUGAUGGUUGGAAAAAUGGCGGCUGUGGUGAAGAGAUCAAGAAUGAUGGUGAGUUUGAAACCAGAGGGGAUUUUGUAGCCAAGGGAGAAGAUGAGUGGUCUGAUGGGUGGAAGUAA